AUGGCUAAACUAUUAGUUCUUCAUCUCUGUUUCGUUCUCAUUACUUCCUCUUCUCUGUUUCAUGUCGGAACUUCCAUAACUCACAAAUCUCAAGACGGAUCUGAAGAAUGGGGCUACGUUCAAGUCAGACCCAAAGCCCAUAUGUUUUGGUGGCUUUAUAGAAGUCCUUCCAGAGUGGACGUCAGUUCCAAGCCAUGGCCGACCAUUCUCUUGUUGCAAGGCGGACCAGGUGGCUCGGGAACUAGGUUUGGGAACUUCUUGGAUAUCGGGCCAUUGAACUCAAACUUGAUGCCAAGAAACUCAACAUGGCUGAAAAAAGCAGACCUCUUGUUUGUGGAUAAUCCAGUCGGGACCGGAUGUAGCUAUGUGGAGAGUGGAGGUGAAUUUACGAAAGGCGAUAUGGAGGCGGCGAUCGACAUGAUGACUUUGCUGGCUGAGGUUUCGAACUACAUUGUCGGCCUACGAAACGCUCCUUUGUACAUCUUUGCGUAGUCUUAAGGUGGUAAAUUCGCCGUCACUCUGGCUUUGUCCCUUCUUCGGGUCAUCCAAGCUGGCAAUUUGACCCUUAAUCUCGGAGGAGUUGCUCUAGGAAACAAUUGGAUGUCUCUAGAAGAUUACACGUCUUCUUGGGGUACUCUUCUCAAAGAUCUCUCACGAAUUGAUAUUGGUCUCGACAAAUCUUGUGGAGUCAUCCACUUUAAGCAUAAG